AAAUGAAUAGACUGUAGCCGCCGGAAAAGUUGGAUUGUAUGAAUUAGUAGAUAAUAUUGUUUUUCAAAUUUUAAAGUAUUUUAUAUAUUGUCACGAAGUAAUAUCAUGGACGAUAUACAAAGUUGGUGGGAAAUUCCAAGUAUUGCACAUUUUUGUUCAGUUUUCAAAGCUUCAUUUAAUCUUCUAGAAUUUGAUAUUGAGGAUUUGGAAAGAUCUUUUCUCUCAGUAGAAAAUGAUGAUUGUAUUUCACUUCAGAAAUUGAUUAUUGCUCUUCUUCAAGGAUACUAUGACACAAAUAUUAAGGAUUUGGAAAGAUCUUUUCUCUCAGUAGAAAAUGAUGAUUGUAUUUCACUUCAGAAAUUGAUUAUUGCUCUUCUUCAAGGAUACUAUGACACAAAUAUUAAUGUAGAUAAUUGGGAGCAUCAUUUGUGGGAUAUAUUGCAAGAAAAGUGGGUUAAAGAAGAAGGUCGAGUACAUCCUUUUCCUUCACGUAAUACUUCAUUUCAUUCCUUGCCACUUCGUACAAAGGCAAAAAUUCUUCAUGCGCUUUGUGAAUAUCGGCUUGAUACUCAAAAUAUAACUGAAGCUUUAAAGGGUGUUGAUGGUAAUAAUUUAAGAAUUAAACCUAUUGGAAGAGAUAGUGAAGGAAAUGUAUAUUGGUAUUUUUUUGGUCUUCGAUUAUAUAAAGAAUCUCCACGAAGAUGUAGAAGUAAGAAAAAUGAAAAUAUAGAAAUUAGUAAGAAAAAUAGAGAAAGAAAGAUUGCAAAAAGGCAUUCAGAUUUAGAAAAAAAAACAGAUGUAUCAAAUUCAGCUUGGUCCAUAAUUUGUGCAACAGAAAAUGAUUGGCAUAACCUUGCAAAUACAUUGAGGAAAAGCAAACUGUUAUUGGAUAAAAAGUUAUAUGAAACAAUAUCAUCUUUUCUACCAAAAUUGCAAGAUAUAAUAAUAGAACAGGAACGAAAUGCAAGAAGGAGACUUUCAAGCUAUGCUCCACGACGAUGCUCUAGUAGACUGGAAUCUAAAUUUAAACGAAAGCAAGAAGAGGUAAUUAAAUUUUUGGAGAUUGAUAGCUGUUUUUUUGUUUUUCUUUUUUGAUUAGAAUUUUUACCAUAUUCAUAAGA